AUGCCUAAACGUAGUAAACGCCGUUCACAGUCUCGAGCUGUGUUGUAUAAGCGUUUGUCAGCUGAAAAUGCAAAACACAAAAACGACGAUGACCAUUCUACAAGCGAAGAGGAAGAAAAUACGAUAAUUAGUUCUGAUGAAGAGCUUCAAUCCGUAAAUUUUACUGAUAAAACUAUAGUCAACGACAUCGCUGAUUUAUUCGAAUUGUGUCGGUCUAAUUGUUCAUCGAAAAAUCUCAGUGUUUUGCUAUAUAUGACCAUGCGACAUUGGGGAGUCUCUUGGCGCGACUGUGAUAAUUUCUUGAAAGAAAUUGGAGCAUUCGCAAGUGAAACAGCGCAUAAAUGGAGUAGAAUUUUUGUUUCUACAGACCUUGAUGAAUUUUGUGGCGAAAAUCGUGGUGGUAAACAUAGCAGUGAUUUGUAUGAUUAUUUUACUGAAUUAGAAACGCAAGGAAAAAUUUUUACAAUCGAACAAUGCUCAAAAAAAGCGGCGAAUUUCCCUGCCUAUCAUUUAGCAGAAUUUCUGGACGCAAAAGUUUAUGAAAUAACUGGAACUAUUAAGAAUGAUAAUGCUCAACUUGUCAGAAGUGUUGCUUCUUGUCGCCUUGACCUUCGAAAAUGGGGCGCUAGAUUUGAACGAAACUCACAACGCCCCUAUUUCGAAGGUCAUGAACGUCCAGAUGUCAUUGAACAUCGUCAAAGAUUCAUUAAAUAUUUUCUCGAUCGCAAAGAUUAUUACUAUACAAUUUCUGAAGUUCAUGACGAAAGUACGUUUCGUUCCGGUGACGUAGCAACAAACCGAUGGUUCUUCGGAAAUGAGGCUCCUUUUCAUUCCAAAGGAAGAGGACGUUCAAUCAUGAUAAGCGACUAUUUAGUUCAACAUCCUUCCGGUCCUUUCUUCACGUUGAAUGAAAAAGAGUAUGAAAAAGCCAUUCAACGUUAUCCACAGUUACAGACGGCAUCUGAUGUUAAUUAUAAUGAUAGAAGCGCUACAGCAUCAAUCCAUGUCGGUCAAGAUUCCUAUUUCGACAAUGAAACAGUAUUAGAGCAGUUUGAGAGAUUAUUUCAGUUAAUUGAAUUCAAAGAGGAUUUUAAAAAUCAUAAGAUCGAAAUAGUCGUGGAUAAUGCACGCACCCACACCGCAAAAUCUCAUAGUCUACAGGAUUUCGGAAAACGCAUUGGAACUCGUUGUCCUGUCGACAAAAUAGAAUACGUUGAUUUGCAAGGAAAAAGACAAACUCUGAAUUGCUAUUUUCAAAAUGGACGUCAUCAGGGAUUAAGCAAAGGAUUAUAUGAAAUUAGUAAAGAGUUAAAUGUGAUUUUACCAUCGAAAACGACUCUUGAAGACUUACAUAAAGCAUUAGCUGAUCAUCCUGCAUUUAAAGUUCCUUCACGUCUCGAGCAACUGGCACAAAAAUAUAAUAUCAGAAUACUGUUUUGCCCGAACUUUCAUUCUGAACUUAAUGCGAUUGAGGGCCUUUGGUGUCAUCAAAAACAGUUUAUACGAAGAAAUACCGAUCAAACUUACAACUAUUAG